AUGGUUGGGAGAUCAAAAGUUGGUUCUUUCAUAAACGUACUGGACAGAAUGAAGAAGAGAGUAAACAACUUCAAGUUCAAGUCCCUCUCACAAGCUAGCAAAGAGAUUCUGUUAAAAGUUGUGGUCCAAGCUUUGCGUACCUAUUGCAUGAGUGUCUUUAAGCUCCCUGGUACACUUAUUAGACAGAUGAAUAGGGUUAUGCACAAUUUCUGGUGGGGACAGCAGGAGCAAGAGAGGAAGGUUCACUGGAUUUCUUGGCAUACGAUGGGGAAAGCCAAGUCAAUGGGAGGAUUGGGUUUUAGAGACAUUGAGAGCUUCAAUCUAGCAUCGUUGGCUAAGCAAGGUUGGCGCCUCAUUUAG